CUUGCAAUGAAUUUGAUGUCUUGAGUUGGAAGCUUCCCUCCUCUCUGCUCUCUUUUUUUUUUCCCUCUUUCUUUCUAUCAAAAUUCAGAUCUCAUUUUCUCUCUCUUCGAACACACAGAAACCCUAUCUCAUCCUUUCGCUUCCAUUUUCCCGAACAAAUUCCCAUCUCUCUCCUCCAUUAUCUCCCCCAUUGUGCAUCUCGUUCCAUCUAGGGUUUCAAUCUGAAUCUCGAGCUCCAUCGUUUGUGGCUCUCUUCGAUUCUUCGAACUCUCUGCUUCUCACUGCGAUCUCACGCUACUGAUCUGCGAUAAGGGCUGUUAUAUUUCGUGGAAUGAGAUAUACUGGGAGUUUGGAGUGAUUGGACUGUAUUAGCUUAGCAGUAACAUUGCAAUUGCAUAGUGUUCGUUAGGGUUGAAAUUAAGGAAUCUGCAUGGACAAGGACAAACCUCUUGUUCAUGGUGGAGGUCUUCCACCUCCAUCAGGACGUUAUUCGGGUUACUCACCCACUGGAAAUGCCUUCAAUGUGAAAUCCGAGCCGUCUUCAUCGUCGUCAUAUCCUCCAAUGGUUCCAGGUUCUAGCCCAGACUCCAGUCACUUUGGUCAUGGAAUGUCCUCAGAUUCUAGUGGAUUUAGUCACGAUAUUAGCAGAAUGCCCGAUAAUCCUCCAAGAAAUAGGGGACACAGGCGUGCUCAUUCAGAGAUUCUAACCCUACCUGAUGAUAUCAGCUUCGACAGUGACCUUGGUGUCGUUGGAGGUGCCGAUGUGCCGUCGUUUUCUGACGACACAGAGGAGGACUUACUUUCAAUGUACCUCGAUAUGGAUAAAUUCAAUUCAUCAUCUGCUACAUCAACAUUUCAAAUGGGUGAGCCAUCUAAUGCUGCUGCAGCUUCAGGUUCGGUACCCACAUCAACUCCUACAUCAGGAGGGCCUACCUCUUCUGCAGAGAACAGUGUCCUUGGUAACAAUGAACGGCCUAGAGUUAGACACCAGCACAGCCAAUCCAUGGAUGGGUCAACAACCAUCAAACCUGAGAUGCUCGUCUCUGGUUCAGAAGACAUAUCUGCAGCUGAUUCUAAAAAAGCAAUGUCAGCUGCCAAGCUUGCCGAACUAGCCUUAAUUGAUCCCAAGCGUGCAAAGAGGAUUUGGGCAAAUAGGCAGUCUGCUGCAAGGUCAAAAGAGAGGAAGAUGCGCUACAUUGCUGAACUUGAAAGGAAGGUGCAGACAUUGCAAACUGAAGCAACAUCUUUGUCUGCACAGUUAACACUAUUGCAGAGAGAUACCAAUGGACUUAAUUCGGAGAACAAUGAGCUGAAGUUGCGAUUGCAAACCAUGGAACAACAAGUUCACUUGCAAGAUGCAUUAAAUGAUGCGUUGAAAGAGGAAAUUCAGCAUUUGAAAAUACUGACCGGUCAAGCUAUGCCACCUAAUAAUGGAGGGCCUAUGAUGAACUUUGCUUCUUUUGGAGGGGGACAGCAAUUCUACCCGAAUAAUCAUGCGAUGCACACACUUCUAGCUGCCCAGCAAUUUCAACAGCUCCAGAUUCAUCCCCAGAAGCAGCAGCAGCAGCAUCAGUUUCAGCAGCUUCAGCAACAGAUGUUGCAGCAACAGCAGGAACAGAUGCAUCAACAGUCAGGAGAAUUGAAAAUUAGGUCAUCUACACCUUCUCCUGGCCCCAAAGAUAAUGCAUCAUCAGAUGUAAAUCCUUCAAUGGGCAAGGAUUGUUGAGUGAGGCUGCACAUUGUUCUCUCCACCUCUUCAUUUCCCUUCUCGUGUCUUAGUGCGUCUAGGUUUUGGCCUUUUGUUAAAAUUUGUUCAUUCUUAAACAGUAGUUACAAACGGGUCCUAGAUAGGGAUUGAGAAUAACAAGUCGCGUAUUUGCUAUGUACAAUACUAAAAUUCUUUGGCACUUAGUUAAUUGGUCAUGGAUAUACAACUACAGUUAUAGGGUAGAUUUAUGUUUGGUAAGUCUGCCUUCAGUUCCAGUUGCUCUGGGUUACCCUUUAGCUACCUGUUUAGUUUAACAUACCUCGCCGUUUUUAGAUGCAUGAUUUAGAGGAGCUGUUUGUUCUCG